AGCCCUCAAAACCUCUCUUCCCCUCUCCUCCCUAAUUUCAUAGAUAAGCAACAAAACCCCUCUCUUGGGGGCAAACGGCGUAGAGGGAACCCCAAAACGCCGUUUAGGAGUCUCGACUGAUUUAAGUCACGUGCAGUUUGAAACUAUAUUUCUUUCUAUUUCGCUCCUCCUAUUUUUACUCAUGGCCUUGGAAUUCGAGCACCACCAGCGUCAGCAGCACUCGCCUCUCGCCGUUGACGGCGACUCUAACGGCGCGAAGGAGGGCGGCGAAGAUGCGAGCAAGGCGCCGAGGCUGCCGCGGUGGACGCGCCAGGAGAUUCUGGUUCUGAUAAGGGGGAAGAGGGCGGCGGAGAGCCGCGGCGUCGGCGGCGGUGGGAGGACGCCGAGGUCGGAGGUAGGGUCGGCGGCGGAGCCGAAAUGGGCGGCGGUGUCGACGUACUGCAAGAAGCACGGGGUGAACCGGGGGCCGGUGCAGUGCCGGAAGAGGUGGAGCAACCUCGCCGGAGACUUUAAGAAGAUAAGGGAGUGGGAGGCGCAGAGGAAGGACGAAACGGAGUCGUUUUGGAUGAUGAGGAAUGAUCUGAGGAGGGAGAGGAAGCUUCCUGGGUUUUUUGACAAGGAGGUUUAUGAUAUCAUGGAGGCUGUUUCCGCCGGCGUGUCUCCGGUGACUUUGGCGUUGGCGCCGCCGGUGAUGGUGGCGGAGGAGGUGGAGAAGCUUUUUGACAGCAGGCGUGGGGCGACUGACGACGGGUUGUUUUCGGAUUAUGAGCAGGAGGAGUCAGGUCGGAGCCCCGAUAAGGAAGUCCGGCUGAAAAGUCCACCCGCCGGGAUUCCAGCUGCUUUGCCGAUAUCAGAGAAGCUGUUCAAACCAGUACAUUUGGGACAAGGACAAGGUGCAUCAGGCCAAAAACAGCCACCUUCAAUUCCAGAGAUGGGUUCUACAUCUCAAGACCGGAAAAGGAAGCGCUUUACAGUGGAUGGAGAGGAGGAAACAUUCAGCUUGCAGAAUCAGUUGAUUGAGGUCAUGGAAAGGAAUGGUAAAAUGCUGGCUGACUAUUUUGAGGCUCAGAAUUCGCAUUCGCAACUGGAUAGGGAGCAGAGGAAAGAACAUUCUGAUAGCUUGAUCGCUGUUCUUAACAAGUUUGCAGAUGCUUUCAUAAGAAUCGCUGAUAAGUUGUAGGAAGACAAUCAGAGACCAGUGUACAUAAGACAAGUUCAUCCAAGACUCAUAGAUGUUAGCGGGGCAGAGAAUUGGUGGAUCAAAUUUGAUCAUUUACUCUAGUGGAAGGGCAUAGACGCAUGUUCUUCUACUUGCUAUUUGUUUACUUGAAAAAUUUUCUCCUGUCUUUUUGGUCUAUGCUACCUUUGGUAUAGUUCUACCAUCACAUCCAUAGGAUCAGUACACAGAUAUGUCUAGAAGUUUCAAAGGGGUUAGCACAUUUUGGCUGCUUUUAAUUAAUGUUUAGAAUUUCAAAGAUUUAGCGUAUUGUGAAGCUUUUCUUUCAUAUAUCCAGCUCUAAUGAAAUUUGAAUUUCCCUGUCAAAUGUCUUAGUGACCAUAUAGGCCCUUGAUAUCAAUUAGAAUGUUACAUGUUCUUACCUCUAUUGCUGUGCGAAAUCAUUUUGUAAGAGCACUGUAACUCUGUAAGGCUGCUAUUUUAGAUAUCCUACAUUCCUUACUGAAAAUUAAAUUGGGAAUUA